AUGAGCUCCGGAGCGCGGCCACGAUGCUUCCUGGACAUUGCGUUCGAUGGGCAGUCUGUCGGCAGAAUCGUGGUGGAGGUCCGGCCGGACGUGGCGCCGAAGACGGUGGAGAACUUUGUCGGCUUGUGCAAUGGGACGAGCUCGGGGCUGGGCUAUAAGGGCCUGACGCUGCACCGCAUCAUCCCCGGAUUCAUGGCGCAGGGUGGCAACUGCGGCAGUUCCAUCUUCGGGCAGCCGUUCCCCGACGAGAGCUUCGAGCUGAAGCACAGCGGCAGAGGCGUUCUCUCCAUGGCGAAUCGUGGCCCCAACACGAAUAACUGCCAGUUCUUCAUCUGCUUCACUUCUACGCCUCACCUAGAUGGCAAGCAUGUCGUCUUUGGGAAGGUGGUUUCAGGAAUGGAUGUUGUUGACAAGCUGGAGUCAGUUGGUAGCGACAGUGGCAAGACGUCGGUGGAGUCCCUCGUACAACAACCCCUUUCCCCGCAAUUCCCUCCACCCCCUUGGUCUCGCACGUCUCACAAAAGACACGGACCACCGUCUCUGUACAUGCCCCUCUCAGCCCAACCCCUGCACCCCCCUUGCCGUCCAACUGCCACACAUGUCUGCUAG